AGGAAAGAAAGCCAACAAACCAGUAACAUGGUUCUUAUCAGACAUAGAUUGCAACAACAUCUUAAGCUUCCCCUUCCAGAAUUAGAGAUUAGUGAAUGCAGCACGCUGUGUCCAUACUUGCCUAAGCCCAUGUCUGACACUACGAUUCAAGGGGUAGGUGACUUCUUGGACUUGGAAAAACUCAGCGUUCUAGGACGUGGUAAUCAUGGCAUUGUCUACAAGGUACGCCACGGGCAAACAUCAGCCAUCUAUGCACUCAAAAUCAUCAAGCAGGAUACAAAUGAAGCUUAUGUAUCCCACGAGGCAGAAAUCUUAAAUUGCAUAGACUCUCCUUUCGUCGUCAAAUGCCACGGGGUUUUCGAGCCUCGGGCUGGUGAAAAAGCUAUACUCAUGGAGUACAUGGAUGCAGGAACACUUGAUGGGAUUUUUAGAGCUAACGGUCCGUUCUCCGAAGCUUCACUUGCCCACAUUGCCUACCAAGUACUCAAUGGCCUCCAGUACCUCCAUGAACACAAUAUUGUCCACUUAGAUAUAAAGCCUUCGAAUCUUCUAGUUAGUAAGGACAUGAAAGUGAAAAUUGCUGAUUUUGGAGUCAGCAAGAUUGUCCAUGGUAUUGUUAGUCGGGCUGCCACCAAUUAUCACAAUAUGUGUGAGGGCACACAUGCUUAUAUGAGUCCUGAAAGGCUGGACUCGCACACAUUUGGCUCGGGCUGCGUGUAUGCAGGUGACGUUUGGAGCUUGGGAGUCACUUUAUUGGAGCUGCAUGUGGGCCAUUUUCCAUUUUUCCCAGCUGGGAAGAAACCCACUAAUUGGAUGGAGCUUGUAUUGGUGAUAUGUUUUGGAGAAUCCCCUAGCUUCCCAAAGGAAGCAUCAGAGGAAUUCAGGAGCUUCAUCAAGUGUUGCUUGGAGAAGGAACCGAGUAAGAGAUGGACAGUCUCGCAACUCCUGUCACAUCCCUACGUUUGCUUAGGGGAGAAACUGGGGAAAUGACAGUAGAGGAUAAAUCAAACUAUUUUUCGAGAACAGGGUAGGACGCAUUCACCAGUAGUAGCUAAGAGUUUUGAAGAUUUUGAAAAGCAAUUCGAAAUGGCUCUUGGACCAAUAAAAAAAAGAGAUAAAGGUCCUCUUCAGCUUCUUCUUCUUUUUUUUUUUUUU